AUGUUCAAGAACACGUACCAGUCCGGGUUCUUGUCCAUCCUGUACAGCAUUGGGAGCAAGCCACUCCAAAUCUGGGACAAGCAGGUGCGCAAUGGGCACAUCAAGCGGAUCACGGACCAGGACAUCCAGUCGUCUGUGCUGGAGAUCAUGUCCACUAACGUCAGCACCACGUUCGUGACGUGCCCGGCCGACGAGAAGAAGACUUUGGGUAUCAAGCUGCCGUUCCUGGUCAUGAUUAUCAAAAACCUCAAGAAGUACUUCACCUUCGAGGUCCAGGUGCUGGACGACAAGAACAUCCGGCGGCGGUUCCGCGCAUCGAACUACCAGUCCACGACGCGCGUCAAGCCCUUCAUUUGCACCAUGCCCAUGAAGCUCGACGAGGGGUGGAAUCAGAUCCAGUUCAACCUGUCGGACUUCACGCGCCGCGCGUACGGCACGAACUACGUCGAGACGCUCCGCGUGCAAAUCCACGCCAACUGCCGCAUCCGCCGCAUCUACUUCUCAGACCGCCUCUACUCCGAAGACGAGCUCCCGCCGGAGUUCAAGCUCUUCCUGCCCAUCCAGAAGACGUAG